AUCAUCUAUUCAUUUCUGUAAGGUGUGUGUUGUCAACGGGAGAGUAGACCAACUAAGCUAUUCAACUACUUUCGUUCAAAUCAAUAAAGAAAAACUAUUGACUCGUCGACUGCAGUAAAAUUGACCAUUUACCUACAAAAUGAGCUCAAAUGCUGGUGAAUGCUUUGUGGUUCUACCGCCGUUCACUGAAUCGAACGAAGUGAUUUAUGGUCGAAAUUCGUACCGGCCUGACGGCGAAGUCUCGGAAGUUGUGUACGCCAAUGACAAGGAAAAGAGUAUCAUCAUCAGUAAAACGUUCGGUAUUGAUGGUGCAGAAAGUGGUGCAAAUAGUUCAAAUGUUUCCAUUGGCAUUACUUGGACGGAUGGAGAAAGUCUCAACGAAUCGUACGAUUCCACCACUUUGACCAGAAUGGCACUGGAAACGAGUGCAUCAGCUACCGACGCUGUUGAUAAAAUCGCCGAUUUUAUCGAAAAAAAUCAUUCAUGUGAUAAGCCCGACAUGCCGAAAUACGGCUUUGUAAUAUGUGAUACGAAAGAGGUAUGGAUUCUGAAUGUAGCUGGUAAAAACUGGGCAGCCGAAGUAAUCACUGAUGGCUUCCGGCAUAUUCCGCAAGGACUAUCCAUAUCAACGAAAAUCGACAAAAGCUCUCCAAACUUGCAACAAACCGCACAAGAUCUCGCCUUAUGGGAUGGAAGCGGAGAAUUUAAUUUCGGACAAUUAUUUGGACCAUCUAUUCAAUCAGCGGCAACUUGGCCCGGUCAGGAACCAAGUGCCGAGGUAAAAUUCAGUGUAAUUGACAUAUUUAAGACGCUCCGCACUGUCAAAAGUGAUAAGUCGCCACAGUCCAGUAAUGUGUCACAGCUAUCCGCAAACGGUGUGUCAUGCCAUUGGUUUACGGCCACUCCGAAUCCCAAUGAGUCCGUUUUCAAACCGUUUGUAUUCACACCGAACGCACGCAUUUCGCCGUUAACUGUGGUACCGGCUGACGGUACGACAACGUUACUGCACAAAUUGUACCAACAGCGCGAUUGGGAAGCGGUUGGCAGUUUGUUGCGAUCGUUGGAGGAUGCGUGUGUGGAAGAAAUGACUUGUAUGCUGGGCGAAAUGGGCAGUAUUGGUAAUAGUGAAUUCGAUGAAUUGUUAAAGGAUUGCGUUGAGGCGGAAGUUAAAUUUUAUCGCUAAAAAUAUCCAAUUUUAAUUUAUUCUGACUAAUCAGCGUGAUACAUUGUGAAACCAUCAGUUUUGAUUUUAAGUUUUCUUUUUAUACGACACGAGCAUGAAACCAAUUACACUCAAAUUUAGUUUUUAAUACGGAAGAGUCGGUUGCGUGACAAAGUAUUAAUGAUUUGAUUAUGCAAGAGCUGAAUCUUUUGUUCGGUAUAGAGUAUAAGGGCAAAAAGUAUGAGAUUAAAUGUUCUGAUUUUUAAAGAGCGUAGAUAGAUCGAGGCGUGUUGAUCGAGAGUGGCGUGUUGCAUUUAAUUCCUGCAAAAUCGUUCCGUUAUAGGGAGUAGUUUUUCAAAGUUUUUUAUAUCGUCUUUACCUUCUUACACUUCGAUCGUUUGAGUUUGAGUCUUACGAACAAGUUAAGUCGACCAGAAGCGUUCAAUGAUCUAAAACCUGAAUUAGAAAAAAAAGCUACGCCAGCUUCAAUCACAAUAUUGGGUCGGUUUUGUGGUGUUUGUUGUUCUAUAAAAGUUGAAGGACUAGAUUUUAAAGUUUUUGCAUUUUCGACAAAGAAUGAAAUUCUGAGCAAAAUGGAAUAGAAACGAAAUUAGAUUCUCUUCGAGAUACGUAGGGACUUUAAAUAUAUUUCUUAAUGCUAAUUUUCUCUGGUUCGGACAGGGCACUAACGAACUGCCACUAUAUUGACAAAAUUUGAAAUUGUGAAAGAUUACACGCGGCAUGACACUGCUCCUAAUCCUUGUAAUCUAUACUAUUUCUCUCAUAAAACCCCACAUAGCGUGAUUAUUUUGUGAACUAAAAAGUAUUAUUAAUUUUCAUACGUAGCUAGGUUUUAUACCAAAAUUAUCUCAAAAGCAUUUAAAGUUUUGUCUAAGUUUAAACAUUUUAUUUUUGUAAAAUUCCUAACUGUUACGCCACUGACAUCUCGGUACAAUUUAUUUUAAUGUUUUUUACUUAAAUUUUAUUUCUUAUAAAGAUUCAAACCCAUUUAUUAUAUUAUGAUAGUCAUAGACUCGUAAAUUUAUAAACAUUUAUGCUUACAAGCUUCUGAUGCAAAUCAAAUUUGCUGAAAUAAAAUCAUGUAUUCCUUAAACAACACAA